CAGGAUCAAGUCGGUGGUAACAAACAGAAUUGCAUCAUAAUCCGUCACGGAAGACGACUGAGAGCCGGUCAGUGAAAAAGCAGAUCGUUUAAAAACCCUCUGACUUCAUGAAAAUGAUGUCCAGAAGUCGGUUGUACAUCUUAUGAUUACUAUCCAGAGGCUAACCAACUCGUAAGUCCUUCAAAUACCCUCUAAGCUGAUGCUGGAGCUCUUCCAAGAACUGAGUCACUCUUGGAGUCAUCGACGGAGAGUGAAAGGACGAGGACGUCCUCGCGGCGACGAGGAAAAUUGCUCAGUCAAAGUCAUAUGAAGUGUCCUCGGAAGGUACAACCUUGAGCCGAACUAUUUGCAUGAACUCCUUUCGGCUGCUGACAGCUCGAAGUCACACUGAAGACGGAGCAGAGUUCAAGAUCCUACUUCUGCGUAGCUGCUUCUCCUAUCCUACUCACACCACCAUGAAGGUGCAGCUCGAAAGAAAGCUAGCAGACAACAUUCCAUGCCCCAAAUUUUACUCACUCCCGCCCCUCAUCAUAACGGAAGUUUCCAAGUCAAGAGGACAGAGGUCAUGGAGCGAGCCACCGCGAAUCAAGCUGUAACUUAAAACUCCAGCAGUGUCCUGAAUGUCACCGCACUGUUCAGGUCUUCGAUGAGCUGCAACUUUUUCCAAGCUUGUGCCUCGUACUUGCCUUCUACCAUCUGUUUACAGAUAUCUGAACUCCAACUGUUACAGAGCAGCAACUGUUCUACUUACCCCAAGAAGCUUAACGUUUCCCUCGAUGAGCUAGAAGAAAUUCGACUCGCAUAGAGGUAUUACCACUUCAGUCUUAGUCCUACUUCUGCCUGUGAGGAGCAUACCUACCUUGCUGUCAGUGAGGAGCGGAGGUCAUGUCGAGAACUACCCCGAGUUGAGCUGUUGGCACGCUUGGAUUAAAUUUUAAAAAAAAAGAGCUCAGAUCCAACUCUUCGUGAAGGAUGUAGUGGUGGUGCAUCACUCGCGCCCCACAUUCUCGUCGUAAUAAUAGUCCUCUUGUACCUGAUGCACAACGAGAAACUUCUCCCCCAGGAGCGGUAACAUGCCUGACGCACCUGGCUCGCUCUGGCUCCUAUGCCAGCAAAAAUAAGAUUCCUUAGCCAGGGCUACAGAUCGUGGGCAGACCUACCUGAAUCUAAGCUGUUGACAUGAACUUGAGCGCAAACGGACAGCACCGUCACGAAGGCGGUCUUCUUUACACUCUCCUGGUCUUAGCUCAAGUUUCUGGUCUCGUAUUGUCACUCGUAGUUUGUGUCACACUGUUGAGCACGCCAGAUCUGCAAUGGACUCUUGCUGACAGUUCAUACCUUCUAUCCCAGGUCAUUCGUGGUCGAAAUGAGAGAUCAUGGCGAUGGUUUCAGUUUAAGCUGUUGCUCACAGCAAAGUUUCUAUAGUUUUACAAUGAAACUGUUGCAAUCCAUGUCAUACAGAAUCUACACCUCAGUUCAUUGGGGUCUUAGUACUGUCACUCGUACUAUGCAUGAUUUUCUCAUACUCAAGACAUAACAAUGGUCCAUCUUCGAACUUGGUUGAUAACAAACACCGCCAAAUUGACUUGCAGAAGCUGCGAGCUGCCGUGACUGAAGUAUCACGGAGUUAUGAUAUCUGCUGGCUUGAGUCAAGCCUCUGGCACGACUUUCGAAGCUUUGGUAAAAAUGACAGCUCGAACGUUGAGUUGGGCUCACUCAGACAAUUUCUCCGCAACAGCUACUUCAUAUUCUACAACCUCAGCUUGAGCUCUCAGCUCUAGCUGUUAUAAUUGAGACCUGAUUCUUCCAUCAGGCGCUACUAACUCCUUGGCAUUGAAGAAAGCGGAAGGUCCUGGGUAGUUAGAAAUGCAGUGUGUGUGAAAAGGUUGAAGCUAUAGGUUAACUCUUGUAUCUAAAUAAAGAUCACUCAGAUGACGCAGAUUCAGACGUAGUCUCGAGCUGAAUCUCAAUCCCUGUCAGUUACGAGCCCUUCAACAAUCAUAUGUGACCGUGUAUAUGUGUUAGGCCCAAGUUCAUCCGUGGUGUACUGAGGCAAUUGUCUCCUUCCAUGCAUAUCCAAACAUAUCAUGUACAAACGACGAUCAUCACGUUCGGACAGGAAAAGAAGAGCUGAGAAGCUAAAGUAUAAUAGAACCGUUAUAGCUGAACCCAUACUGAAGCGUGUUCUGAUCCGUCUAUAUUCUCUCAGUCACUUCCAGUGCUCAGUCAUGCAUAAUCAGCGGUUCCGCGUGCUUACUUUGAUGCGUCGUGACGAAUCUUUCGGACCUCUCCCACGACAGUUCGGGCAUGGGUAUCACUCUCAGUUGGUCAGCAUGUUCAUGAGGAUAACUGGCUGUCGAACAUGUGAAUGAUAAAAACUACUGUUUUUCACUGGAAGAUGUUAC